AGACUAUGUUGACACAUUUCAGGAUAUGAUUGUUAAACAUGUUGCAGGAGUGCCUUUGUUGCACUUUGACGAUGUGACUAUAGACAGUGACUUGGAUUCAGUGAGGACAGAAAAAGUCCAGAAGCAGUUUCAGAAAGCUCUUACCACCAGAAAUGGUGCAGUAAAUUGCAGUGGCAGUUUGACCAGUCAAUGGGCUCAAAGUCCUAUGAGGGAAACGUCAAGGUAUGAUUGUUCAGAAAAGACAAUGACAGAUGAUGAAGGUGAUGAUAUGUCUGUGAAAAACAGCUGCACAUUGAGGAUUCAUAGCCCAACAAGGUGGAGCAAGAGCCAAAUGCAAACUAAUCAGCUGUGCCAAAAUGAAGAUUUACAAAAUGUUACUCAGGCAAAGCAAGAUCUUACUGUGAUGGAAGACAGUCUGUUACAGAAGAAAUACGAGUUACGAGAUGCUGAUAAAGCAUUGAGCAGUGUUCUUCAGUUGAGAAAGUAUGCUGUCCAGGAGUUGGAUUCUGUGAAAACAGCCAUCGAGAGGAGUAAAAAAGAGGCAAGAAUUCUUGAAUCACAGUUGAGAGAAAGUAAAAGCCAAGUAGAAGAAACAAGAACAGAGCUGGUGUUCCUGGAAUACAGACGGGACACAUAUCUAAAAGAGGUACAGGCUCUAGAAGAAGAACUGAAACUGCUCAGAAGAAAGUGUUCAGCUGCCCAGAAAAGCCAAAUGGGUACCCAUCAAUAUGAAGCAACAGCUUUCAGCCCAGAAUGGAAAGAAUCUAAGUUCUGUGGCCGGCAAAAUGAAGUCAAGCAGACAAUGCUUGAGAUGCAAGAGUUGGAGCGCCAGCUGAACAAUGCCAAGAGUGAUCUUUUUGCUGAGCAACGCCGCUCCCGUGAAAAAAUUGACCUACUACAAGAGCAAUUGGAGGAGUGUCAGAUUCAGCUUGAAGAACGAGUAGCUGAGGUUUCUGCUCUGCAAGAGGAAAACUGCAGAAUGCAGACAAAACAGCAGCAAGAGAAGCAGACACAGAAGACAACUGAGCAUAUAAGUGCCCUGGAAAGCAAGAAUGAACAUUCCCUUAGUAGCCAGGAUCAAGAUAAACAGUUUCAAUUUCAACUGGAUGAGCGUGAUAGUAAGAUUGCUGGCCUGGAGAAGAUUUUAUCAGAAAAGGAACUUAAAAUGCUCAAACUACGGGAAAACCUAUCAGCCAUGCAGACUGAUCAGGAGACCCUGAAGGCUGCCACUGAGAAAAUUAAACAGGAUUAUGAGAAACAGCUCCAGCAACUUCAGCAUGAUAAAGACAAUGAGAAGGAGCAAGAUAUUGAACAUAUCAAAACUGAACUGAACUUGCUGAAACAGCACGAGAUGCAAAAGCUUAGGGAAAAUUCUGAACAAGAACGAUUUGCUGCUUUGAAGGAACAAUCUGCAUAUUUUACUCAAGAAGUUGGCUCACUAACACAGAAAGUUCAAUUAAAAGAAGAAGAAAUUUUGAAGCUGAUGGAAAUGAUUCGGAAGCAUGAAGAGUCUAUGAAAAAUCUUACUGAAGAUCUGAAAAAGCAAUCCAGACAGCUAGUGCAGGAUGCUGUACAGAGUGAGAAAAAGAAGUGGGAAGAAGAGAAGGCCAAGGAACUUAAACACCAGUAUGAUCUGUGGGAGAAAGAGAGAAAAAGAACUUUGACUGAUAUGCAGGAGGAUCAAGAACGAGAGAGGAGGAAUGCCUUGUCCCUGCAAAAUAAAAUCAUUGAGUUGCAAAAUAGGGUUCAGGAACUUGAAUCUGAAUGCAGGACCUUGCAGAGGGAGAAGCAAGAUGCAGUAAUGGAAGUCCGCAGCUUAAUGAAGGAAGAUAAGCAGCAAGAAGUAAAUCGUAUCAAAACAGAGAUGGAACAGGAAAAGGCACAAGAGGCUGAUCGGUUCAAACUGAAGAUACAGCAGCUGCAAGAUGACUUGCAGAUGUUACGGGCUCGUCUCAGUGAAACAACUCGUCUAGAGAAGGAGAAGGAGGUUCAGGCUGAAAGGCAGGAAAGGAAUCUUGCAAUGGAACUCCAAACGGAAUGUGAGCGUAUCAAGGAUCUUGCACUAAGUUCACGGGGUUGUGCACCAACUGGAUCAUCACAUUUUCGUCAAAGUACUCCGUCUGUCCUGACAGUUCCUCAGGCCCUGCAAGCUUUGCGAGGGGCUUGUGAGGAGCUUUAUCAAAAUAUCAUGGACAUUCAUCAGGAGCUAGAAAGAAGAGGAAUGGCCAUUCAGCAUGUCCACAGAGACAAGGACAGGGAAAUGAAACAACAGCGUGAACGACUACUUUUGGAAAAGGAAGAAGCAUUGAUGGCUCUAAAGGAACGUCUUAUUCAGGAACACAUUGAUGAAAUAAGCAUGCUGCAACGGACCCAACUGGGUGAUUCGGGUAACAGUGAAAAGCAAUCCCUCCGCCAGCAGCUCAGGGAGAAGAACAAUGAACUGAGAGCAAUACAGAGGAACAUGACCAAAUGGAAAGACGAGACCGCUACAAAGCUGGCGUGCAAGUUUGAAGAACAGCUCAAUGGAGAACUUGAAAAGCGACUGUCUCACAGUACAUUAGAGCACCAGCAGAAAAUAGAAAAACUAGAAUCUGAAAUGAGGUGGCUUACAAAGAAGCAAAAUAAAAACACCAAUCUGAGAUCAGCAUCUAGUCCUUCUCUCACUACAACAUCAUCCACAGGUCAUCAAGAAUUUGGUACUUUGAAGCUCCUGCAGCAUCUGAAAAACAGAGUGAAGCAGCUAAGAGCAGAGAAUACAUUGUAUCAUGGCAGCUCCUUGGAUAACUUAGCGUCAGUUCAUGAGGAUUUUUCUGGGACCUACCGUGAAAUGAUGCAAGCUCCAGCAGAGAGGAUGUCUUCCAGAUUCAGAUCAGGCAAAGGAAAGUCUCAUUUCUGAAGGCAGCAUAUGUGAGUUGUUCUUUUUCAGAACAGAAUCCAUUUGCUUUUGAAAUAUUCUCAGGAUUUUUUUGGACAACCUUUUUAUUAGCCAUGACUGAAAAUGAUCUUAUCCUGGCUAGUGAGUUGGACUUUCAACUGCAGAUGUGCCUCAAUGUAAGGCCGUGACGAAUGCUGGGUUUGUGUGCAAUGGAAAUAUGGAGAGUUGGGCCUUCCCAAUGAGAAACUUCACCUCAAUCCCUUUUAAGAAUGUGAAUAUAAUUUUAUCACCCACAUUUUGAGAAUUGUGAUACAGUGCUGACACCAUUUCUCAUUUCAUAUAAAAUAAAGAGAUAAUGAUGCGAUCUGCCAGAAGUGGCAUUUUGUAGUCCCAUUACAUUUGGUGUAAAGUGACACCCACUUAAUGUAUUUUGCUUGCUUUUUAUUUUCACAUAAAAUACAUAAUUUUUAAUUGUUUUUGUGCUAACAAAACCCUGUGUUUCUCCCAAAACUUUGUGCUUAAAUACACAUCAAUUAGAACAAAGUGAGACAACAACAAAUGUUAACCUCAGAAAAUUGUCAUAGCAUAAGAUGGCCUCAGCAGUUACUCAGCCUGUCUGUGCUCUAAUUACAUGUGUACAGUACAGCAUGUACCACUGCAAAUGGCACUGUACAGUAAAAUUGCUCUGGGGUGGCUUUCACCACAAAAAGGAAAUACAUCUGCAGUGAGGGAUUAAAACCAAAGAGUAACCAUCCUUCAUUGUGACACAAUAUAUGAAUAUUGUAUAUGAAUAUUUCUUUUCUAUCAAAAAUCUCUUUAAUGUAAAUAAUGUACAAACAAGUUUAUACGUAGCUUCAAUUAAUGUUGAUUAUUUUAUUCCAUGCAGACUUAGUAAUUGAAAAGUGAAUACAGUAUUUCAGUUUCCUGGAUUAUGCUGAGUAUGUGAAAGCAUGUAGAGUAAUGCAAAGGCUUCAUGGGGCAUGUGCCAGAAACUUAAGAAAUACGUCAGCGUUAACACGGGACUUUCAAACACCUUUUGUCCCCAAGUCAGUCUUUGCAGUGAGCAGGCUGAGUAAAUGACAUAUUUUUGUUAUACUUUUCUAUACAUAUGUAAAGGUGCCUUUAAUUUGUUGUACUUUUUAAUAUUUAUCACAGUGUUAUUAACUGCUAAGAGUUUAUUUUAUAAUGUAAUGGUAAAUACAUUCCAAUGAUUUUGUACAUGUAAUUAACUUAAAAUGUGACUAGGAAGACCCAAACUAAACAUAAUGGAUUUUAUGUCUAUUUUUUAGCAUUGAUUUUUGAAAGUUUUGGUCAAUUUUUGCACUCUUGUUGCUUUUGU